AUGGAUCAAUCUCCACGAGUCAUGGAAGAUACGACGAGGUUGAUGAGAUUCCUCACCACGAGGAAGAGCAUGUGUGAGGCUGACGACAUCUUCAUGCAGCAGACCUUCUCUUUAGACCCUUCCAACACCGACAGAGUUGUUGACCAUGUCAUGCAUAUCUUAAGCCCCUCGUGCCGAUGCCAUGAUGAUCGAGUUGCGAUCUACUUACUGAGACACGUGCUGCGCAUCAGACCUGAUCAUUCUCUCGGAUGGAAACUGCUUGGAGACAUGAUGUUUGCUCGAAGGGCUUACCAGUUUCUGAGAUCACUGGACAAGGACGAGAGCUGUGAGGAAGUGCGUGAUACAGGCGAUGAUAGUGAGAUCUGGUCCCUAUCGAUGCAGAUGUAUCAAAGGUCAAUCAAUUUUAACCCUGAUAACCCCGGAGCCUUAAAGGGCAUGGGAGAUGUGUCGUUGAACAUGCUGGGAAAUCCCUCUGGAGCAAAGAGAUGGUAUGAAGCAGGCUUGAAGGUCAAGGAGAUGGACGACGAUACUCGCAAUGAUUUGUUGAUUGGACUUGCUUCUGCUCAUGAGCAUCUGCAUGAAUAUGACGAGGCAGCAAACCUGUACGUGCGAGCGAUCGAUUUACGUCCAUUUGACCAUAAAGCAAACAACGAUCUUGCAGUGCUUCUGUUCAAACAAGGUAAUCUGUCGUCUGCUGCUGAAAUUUUUGAGGCUUUAUUCUCCAAUGAAAACUGGUCAGCACCCUAUUCGAAUGCACAGUUGUGCUACAAUUACGCAAUUCUUCUUGAACAUUUGCAGCAGCCGGAGAAAGCUUUGAGGGUUCUUGAAGCAGCAUUACCUCAUCACCCACAAGACAUCAAUGUUCGAUCAAAGUUGGCAGAAUUGUUGUACUCUUGCAGUACAGAGUACAGCAGGUCGAGAGAUAUUCUGCUUGAAAAUCUCCGGAUUGUGCCCAAUCAUCUGCCCUCAUUGCUCUGUCUCUCUUUGUUGGAGGAAGAAGUUGAAGGUAGUCUUGCCGAGAUAGAAUCUGUGCUUGAAACUGCUCUUGAUAUGGAACCCUCGAAUCCGAUCUUUCUGAACUUGAAUGCGAGAGCGUAUGCUCUUUGGGAAGACUAUGAAAAUGCAGAGAGACUAUAUCGAGAUGCCAUCUAUCAUUCCAUGGAGAAGCCAAAUCUCAACUCUUGCCUGGGAUUGGCAGAUGUGUUGACAAAAGGUGGAGUGGGUAACUCAGAAUUUGCAAAAUAUGCUUGGAAAUUCAAGGACAGGAAGGAUCAAAACUUAAACUGGGAGUCUGUAGCUCGAGAUGGUUUGAAGAGUCCUAUUCAUGAGGCGAAGCUUCUUUACGAACAUGUACUCUCUAUCGUUCCUCAUGACAUCACAGCUUGGAAGGGGAUGGCAGAGCUUUAUGAAGAAGGUUUCUUGCGGCUAGAAAAGGCCAAAGAAAUUUACGACUUUGCCAUAAGUCUGGAGCCAUCAGAUAGUUCCAUCCUCCUUGGUGCUGCAAAGCUUUCGGCUCGCAUCGGAAAUCACUCGAACGCUAUCGAUUUGCACCAGAGAGCCGUUGAAUUGCGCCCGCUAUCUGCAAACUUGAUGUUCGACAUUGCCAAUAAUUGUGUAGAGAUUAUGGAUCACACAGAAACAAAAGAAGUGUUUGCUGAACUUGCAGCUGACUUUUGGAAUCGAACGAUUCAGCUUGAUCCCACUCACACAUCUGCCCUCUACAACUUGGGGUUGAAGUGUGUGAGCGAAAAUAAAAUCUCGCAGGCAUAUGAGUUCCUGCACCCUAUUGAACGAAUCGAUCCUUCGAAUUAUUUAGCACUUUAUGAGGUAGCUUGUUUGCAUGAAAGAUGGGGAAACUGGUCGGAAGCCAUCAAAUUCCUAUCGAGGGUGCUGGACUUGGAACCAACGUAUCGAGAUACCCCCUCAAGAAUUGCAACAAACCAUUGGAAGUUGGGGGAGAAGUCAACGGCAAAGAAGAUGUUCGAAAGGGAGAUUCAUCGGAUUGAAAGGCUGGCAGAGAGAGGAGAACCAAGUCAUGAACGUGCCUCUGCUUAUUUCCUCUACGCGCGCUUCUUGGAGGGUCAGGACAAGUAUAAGGAGGCUAAGCUUGCAUACGACAAAGCGUUGAAUGCUCCAUUUUCUCAAGCAGAGAUUCUUGCCCACGCAGGUUACAACUCUGCAGUGAACUUGGGUCAAGUAAAUGACGGCUGGCAAAAACUCAAAACUUCAAUUUGCAUGGCCCCCCACGACGCUUCGUGUCAUGCUAUUUACUCGUUAUUCCUCGCAAAGAACGGCAUGCAAACAGACGCGACAAAACACUACAACAUCGCUCUGAAGCUCCGACCCUCACUUUAG